AUGGAGAAGAUGGUGGACAAUGCUGGAGUGAAAAAUGAUACUUCCGCCCCCAAAUCAGGAGUUUCUCUUGGAAAGAGAUUGGAGAGUUUGGGCAAGGAGGAAGUGGUGGAUAUAAUGUCCGAAAUGAACAAUGCAAAGAAUUCCAGCAAACUUCCCAAAACAGGCUCUCUAGAAGUUUUGCUUUCCCAGUAUUUGGAAACAAGUGAUUUUACUCAAAUUGAUAAUAUACUGAACGUAAACGACCGAAAAAUCGUAAAUCAGACCAUAGAACGAUUAAAUGUGAAGUUCGUACUAUCGCUCCUAGACACAAUUGUUCUGAAGCUGGAAGCUAAUCCUAGAAGAGGUCAGAUCCUUUUGCUUUGGGUAAUUACAAUUCUGCGUUACCACAGUUCGUUUCUUAUGUCUGUUCCUAAUUUACGUCGUCGUCUCUCAUUGCUUAUGCGUCUUCUGUCGGAUCGCAGUGCGUCUUACAAGAAAAUAAUGCGUCUCCGUGGCCGCCUCGACUUGGUACUGGAAUGUGCUCGUUCUCUGAGUGGGAACACAAUUGAUUUUACCCAAGCUCAAAUUCCUUUGGUAGAAGUGGAAGAAGGAGGCCUAGAUACACGAGCCAGAGCAUCCAGUGACGAAGAGGAUGAAAGUGAAAAUGAUUUAGAGGAUGAGAGUGAGAGUGAGAGCAAAAAUAGUUCAGCGAGUGAAGAAGCAAGUUUAGAUGACGAAGAAUCUAAUUAG